AUGACCCUGGAGAAGGAGAUGGAUGAAAUACUGUGGGAUGGAGAGAGGAGGCUCAGCACAGAGAGGGACAGAGAAAGACCCAACAGACUUGUUAAGAGGGCUAGAUCUGUCCUGGACUGCCCUCUUGACUCCAUAGAGGAGGUGGGUGAGAAGAGGGUGUUAGCCAAGCUGACGUCAAUCAUGCACAGCCCCUCUCACGCCCUGCAUGAGACUGAUUUCCCAAACCAGUUCUACAGGCAGCCUGGCAGCCUGCAUGAUAUCCUGAGGCGCUUUGUGAAGACCAGUCGAUGUCCUCUGGUGUUCAUAGUGUCAGACAGUCUGAGUGGAGACAGCAGCUCACGCGUUCUUUUCCCCAGAGAGAUUCAGGAGGAGCUGGACAUCAGCAACAUCAGUUUUAAUCCGGUGGCUCCAACCACAAUGAUGAAGGUCCUGACUCGAAUUUCAACUCUGGAGGCAGGAAAGGUAAAAGGAAGCAUUUCAGAUGGACAAAAGUAUGAACAGUGACUUUUUUUGCGUUUCACAUGUAAUUCUGGCCUUAUUUUGUGUUUCAGGUGCAAUUCUGGCAACAAAGCAGGAAUGUGGUGUUUUUCCACCUAAGUGUCAAAAAUGAGCUCCUCUGGCUCUGAAAACAAGCUUUUUCAUUUAAGCUGCCAUUCUCUUCCAGAACGAC